UUUCCCCCACUCUGCUCAGCGGCAGAAAAGGGUGGGGCCGCUUCCUUGCAGCAGAGACGUCGGCAGCUGCAGCAUCAUUGGGAGCAGCGGCGGCGGCAGCAAUGCUUGGUCUCUGUGAGAGGUGAUCGCCUCAGAGUCCUGCUAGGUGGCUGGCUGCGACCGGACGCCGGCGGAAAGGAGAAGAGAGCUUCGUCUGUAGCCCCUGUAGCCACACUGCCCAGCCCUUCCUCUGCGCCAUGGCUUAAGCCCGCAGCCAUCUCGGCUCUCGUCGCCUCGCUUGGACGGGGACUGCGCGCCGCCGCAGCUGCAGGGAGGGGCGCGUCCCAGACACCUUCGCCCAGGGAUCUGGGGACGCCUUUUCUCGCUCCGCGGUGCUCUUAGCUGACCGCACUCCGAGACCUUUGCGGCGACUCCCGGAGGCGUUUGCAGUCGGAAUCGAGGGACUUUACGGACUUUAUCUCGGUGAUAUCUCUGCCCACUCGACCUUCCUGGGUGCUUUCUGAGGAAGGAGGGCGCGGUAGUUCAGGCCACAAAGGAAAAUACGGUGGGAACCAGAUUGGCCUGUCGAGGGCCAGGGGACUGAGAAAGAUUAGAGUCUUGCUUUAGAAUCCAGCAAAGAGAAGGAAAGCCAGCUCUGCAGCGAGCACCAUGGCGUGGCCGUGCAUCACACGCGCCUGCUGCAUCGCCCGCUUCUGGAACCAGCUGGACAAGGCGGACAUAGCGGUGCCGCUAGUUUUCACCAAAUACUCGGAGGCCACCGAGCAAGCGGGUGCCCAGCCGCCGCACCAGCAGCCUGCGCAGCAGGCGCCCGCGCCCCCUUCGGCGCGCGCGGUCGCCAUAGAAACUCAGCCGGCCCAAGGCGACGGGGAUGCAGUUGCCCGGGCAACAGGGCAGGCGCCCGGGCCUGGCGGCGACCGCGAGGCGGGGGCCGCCUCAGGCCGCAGCGGGCCGGGCCCGGGCUCUGGCUACGGCUCCAGCUCCACUUCUGGCGCGGGCCCAGCGGACUCGGUGAUGCGGCAGGACUACCGCGCUUGGAAGGUGCAGCGGCCCGAGCCGAGCUGCCGGCCGCGCAGCGAGUACCAGCCUUCCGACGCGCCCUUCGAGCGCGAGACCCAGUACCAGAAGGACUUCCGCGCCUGGCCGCUGCCGCGCCGCGGGGACCACCCGUGGAUCCCCAAGCCCGUGCAGAUCUCCACGUCCUCUCAGGCGGCGGCGCCUGUGCUUGGGACGCCACAGCGCCGGCCGCAGAGCCAGGAGCGCUGGCCGGCGCAGGCCGCUGCCGAGGCCCCGGAGCAGGAGGCGGCCCCUGGCGGAGCAGGUGUCCUUGCGGCCGGAAAGGCGUCCGGGGCGGACGAGCGCGACACACGCCGGAAGCCCGGUCCCGCCUGGAUGUUGCGUCGUGCCGAGGGGCUGGGGUACGAGCAGAUACAGGUGCCCGCAGCCCAGGCCCAGGUCCAGGCUGCGGGCCCAGAAGCGGGCAAAGGGCGUGCGGCGGCCGACGCCCUCAACAGGCAAAUCCGCGAAGAGGUGGCGAGUGCGGUGAGCAGCUCCUACAGGAAUGAAUUCCGAGCAUGGACGGACAUCAAGCCUGUGAAACCCAUCAAAGCCAAGCCCCAGUACAAGCCACCAGAUGAUAAGAUGGCUCACGAGACCAGCUACAGUGCCCAGUUUAAAGGGGAAGCCAAUAAGCCAACCCCAGCUGACAAUAAGAUCAUUGAUCGCAGAAGAAUACGCAGCCUCUACAGCGAACCCUUCAAGGAACCUCCAAAGGUGGAGAAACCUAGUGUCCAGAGUUCCAAACCAAAAAAGACCUCAGCGAGCCAUAAGGCCCCGAGGAAGGCCAAAGACAAGCAGGUGGUGUCGGGCCGGGCCUCCAAGAAAAAGAGCGCCGAGGGGCCCCGCACUGCCCCGCCCGAGGACAAGGAGCAGAGCAAAGAGAUGAACAAUAAGCUGGCUGAGGCUAAAGAAGGGAUCCUGUUUCAAAGACGAGUGGCCUGCCUCCUGUCCAGAUCUAGACCAGGUCCUGCCGCUGGUCCCCGACCAGCAGGAAGCCAGAGGAGCCAGGUCGAACCCACCAGUGAUUCACAUAAGAAUCGAGGUCCUGUAGCCAAAGAGCCAGACAAGGAUCAAGGUCCCAUGGGCUCGGGGCCUCUGAAAGAUCAAGGUCCUGUGAUCCAAGAGCCUUCAAAGGGUCAAGGCCCCACUGUCCCAGAGCCUCUGAAGGAUCAAGCUCCUGUGGUCCCAGGGCCUCAGAAGGAUCAAGGUCCCAUGGUCCCUGCACCAGUUAAGGAUCAAGGUCACGUGGUCCCUGAGCCUUUAAAGAAGGAAGGUUCUGUGAUCUCAGCACCAGUCAAGGGCCAAGAUUCCUUGGUCCCAGUGUCUCUAAAGAAUCAAAGUCCUAUGGUUCCAGCAAAAGUUAAAGAUCAAGUUUCCGUGGUACCAGAGCUUCUGAAGGAUCAAGGCCCUGUGGCUCCAGCACCUGUCAAGGAUCAAGGCCCCGUGGCUCCAGCACCUGUCAAGGAUCAAGGCCCUGUGGCCCCUGAGCCUGUGGAUCAAGGUCCCAUGGUCCCAGCACCUGUCAAGGAUCAAAGUCCUGUGGUCCCAGAGCAUCUGAAGGAUCAAAGUGCCAUGGGCAUAGCACCUGUAAAGAAUGAAGGUCCUGUGCUCUCUGAGCCUGUAAAGAGUCAAGGUUUAGUGAUCCCAGAGCCAGUCAAGGAUCAAGGUGGAGGGAUCCCAGAGCUUCUGAAGGAUCAUGAGUCUGUGGUUGCAGCACCUGUAAAGAAUCAAGGUCCUGUGGUCCCAGCACCUGUCAAGGAUCAAGGCCCCAUGGUCCCAGAGCCUCCCAAGCAUCAAGAUCCUGUGGUCCCUGAGCCUGUGAAGAAUCAGGUUCCUAUAAUCCCAGUGCCUCUGAAAGAUCAAGAUCCUCUGGUGCCACUACCAGCAAAGGACCAAGGUCCUGUGGUCCCUGAACCUCUGAAGACUCAAGGUCCCAGGGGCCCCCAGCUGCCCACUGUCUCACCUCCACCCCCAGUCAUGAUCCCAACGGUCCCCCAUGCAGAAUAUAUUGAGAGUUCCCCUUGACACUCACCCCUUGACACACCAAAGAAGGAGCUGCCAAUGAAAGUGCUCCCUCUCAGGGGCAGCAAAGACACACAUUUAAUCUGCAUGAAACACGUAUUGUAUAGUCUUGCUGGAAUCUAAUAAAACUGGUCCCUCUGGCUCA